ACCUUCUUUUCAUACAUUGAAUGAAACGUGUAAGCAAUUAAACACCAUUAAUAGAUUUUUGGUAGCUGUUGAGAUAAUUGAUUUCAACACCUCGUGGAUUAUUUUCAACCAGUAGUCUUAUGUCAUCCACUUUGGAAGCACUGUAUAAGCACUCUCUUACAUUCAAUAAAUCACCCCAAACAGCCCCUACAUUUAAUAACACUAGAAAAACUUCAUCUCUCUCAAAAAAAAAAUAAUGGAAUUCAGAAUAGCAAGAGGAGAAGUUUUUCUAAGAGUUAUAGCAAUAUUGUUGUUGGUAUUAACAGCUUUUUUAGUUGUUUUUGAUACUCAAACAAAGGUUGUGUUUUUAACUAUUGAAAAGAAAGUUACUUAUAAAGACGUGGAUGUUCUCAAGAUAUUGCUGUAUGUUUCAUCUUCAGCUGCUGGAUAUAACAUGCUUCAAUUAUGCAAAUACUCUUGUUCUUCAAAAGGAUCUUAUGAAAUGUGCAUGGUUUGGAUUAGCUUGUUACUAGAUCAGAUUGCUGUGUACUUAACAUUCGCCACAAACACAGCAUUAUUUGAAGCAGCUAUAUUUGCAUUUACUGGCUCAGAGGCCUUCCAGUGGUUGAAGGUAUGCAACAAAUUCACCAGAUUCUGUGAACAAAUUGCAGGGGCCAUAUUAUGUUGCUAUGUAGCAUCCAUUUUAAUGGCUAUGAUAUCAAUUAUCUCAGCAUACAAAGUUUUCAGAAUGUACUCUCCCAAGAGGUUCUUGCGUUUGAAAGGAAAAUGAUGCCUAAUGGAAAAUUUUAAAUUGUAUAUCUGUGAAUUUGUGGGCACAGAAAGUAAAAAGGAAAUGAAAAAAAAGUGAAAGAGUUAUGAUAGAUAUACCUUGCAUUGUUUGAAUUUAUCUCUUUUCCUUGUGUUUUCAUUUUUCACUAAUGGAAGUCCAAAGUUUUGUACAUAAGUAAUAUUUGCACAGGCAAUUUAAUGCAGUAAUAUUAUUUUAUUUUAUUUUCA